AGAAACUAAGGUAAUAACACCAUCCGAUGAAUUUAAAGAUUUAAUGUCUUUGAGGCUUGACAAUAACACCAAACCAACUUCCAAUAUGUUACAGGAUAGUGAACAUUCAAGUUCAUCCAAAAAUGUUAUUACUGAAGUUUUAUCUGAGGAAGUGAACGAAUAUUUCUGUCUUUUUUGUAACAAGAAAUUCUCGACUUAUCAAGCUCUUGGAGGACACCAAAACGCUCAUAAGCGUGAACGUGACUUCAAAAAAAAUGAACAAAGAAAGAGGGAGGAGGAAAUGGAUUCCACCCUAAGUUUUAGAUCUAGUUUUUCACACUCUUAUCCUUAUUCAAAAUCUAUUCACUAUCAAGGGUAUCCUUAUUUAUGUGGCAACUUUCAACAAUCAAUUGAAACUCAUAUGAACAAUACCAUGCCUUCUUUGCUUGGUUCUCCGUCUCUGGGCUAUGGAGGUAUGUAUAUGCCAAAUACACCUUCUCCACCACCUUCUUUGUUUGGUUCUCCGUCUAUAGGCUAUGGAGGGAUGUAUAUGCCAAAUACACCUUCCCCGCCACCUCUAUUUGUGAUGCCAAUAUCAAAGCCACCCAUCACAAUACCACAAUUUGGGAUGACUAAUUUUUUGGAUGGAAAUCAAACUUAUGCGCUGCCAAUUUCUCAAAGGGCAAGCAUUAUGGAGUUGAGACUUUCUGGUCAAACUAAUCAAACCCUUUCAUUUCAUGAGAGUACAGAAGAAAUUUUCAAUGCUCAAUUUCCUUCUCACGAUCUUCCAAUAGAAACACAUAAUUUUAUUGGAGAAGGUCAAUUUCAAGCAGAGACUAAUUUGUCUUCUUCAUCUACCGAAUCAAUAAUGGAAGAACUCAACUUGAAUCUCAAGCUUUAAGAUUUAUCUACCAAAUAAAAGAACAUUAGGCACAUAUUGUGACUUAUGU